AUGCGAACCAUCACCGCCGCGCCCGCGCGCGUCCACGCCGCUCCUCUCAACGUCGCUCGCCGCGUCGUCUCCAAGCCGGGCCCGCGUCGCGCGUCCGCGCCGUCCACGAGAUCGUCCGACAGGAAGAGCGCUCGAACGUGCGCGACCGAGAUGACGUCGACGUCGACGACCGCCGGAAACGACGCGGUUCUCGUCGCGGAGGAUCUCGAUCUCGACGCGCCCAACCCUAGCGCCAUCUACGACGUCGUGGACGAGGACGAGAUGCUCUACGGCGCGUCGAACACCUUCCCGAUCAAGCCCGACGAGCUCGUCGCGAAGUGCAAGUCGGCGCUCCGCGCCGGCUUCGCCAACAUCGGCGACGAGCUCGCGGAAGACUUCGAGUUCAUCGGGCCCGUCGUCGGACCGCUGCCGCGGGACGCGUUCGUGAACGCGGUCGGCGGUUUCGAUCUCACCACCGGGUUCCCGGACAUGAAGUCCAACUACCACCACUUCAGGGUGGAUCCGUUCGAGACGAACAGGGUGUGGUUCCAGAACAGGACGACCGGGACGCACGCGGGAAAGCUCGCCGGUCGGUUCGAAGCCACGGGGACGAAGGUCGAGUGCCCGCCGCAGGCGCUCUCGAUGACCUUCAACGAGAGCGGGAAGAUCACGAAGAUCACCGUCGGCGUCGUGAUGGAUCGCACGAUCGGGAACACGGGCGGGUUGGGCGGCGUCUUCGGUUUGUUCAACGCCAUCGGGUCGCCGCUGCCCUUUCCGGAAGGUCGCCCGUGGAAGAUGUCUAAGCGGUACAAGUUUUUCCAGUGGCUCGGUCGUCUCUCGGCCAAGCGAGCGGACCCCAAAAAGUGA